AUGGAAGAUUCAUACUAUUUUAUGCACAAUGAAGAAGAAACAGAAAAAGUAAAAGAAAUAAAAUUAGAGCUACACAAAGCUCUAAAAAAAAAUAGAGAGAGAGUAAAACAAACAAAUAAGCCUAUGGAAGCAUCACAUGUAAUUUCAUUAGUAGAUGAAAAGAAUGAUAAAAAUACUUCACAUAUUAGUAAAAAAAAUUAUGAGAAAAAUUCCCUUUAUAAAAAUGACUGUGGAUUGCCUAUAUAUCCUGAAAGUAAAAAAAAUGAAGAAUCACAUUCAAGGGAUAUUGAAAAACACAACAAAGAUAUUUCCUUGAGUGAAAUAAAAAAAAAAAAAGUAAAAGAUAAGAAUGCAAAAAACGAUAAAAACGCAAAAGACGACAUUAAGAAUAUAAUAAAUGACAAUGAAAAUGAAAAAAGUCAAGUAAUAGAAAAUAAGAAAAGAAAAAUUAACGACAAUAUAACUAAUACAAAAAAAUUAAAAACUUCAUCUCCUUUAUAUAAGGAAAAUAUAAACAUAUCAAAAACUUCUUCAUUUGAAGUAAUAAAUGAAAAAUCUGUUAUCUCCAUAGAUUCCAAAGAAAGUAUAUCUCAUCUAAGUAUUUCAUCAAAUUCAUCAUCUACAGAUUCAUCCGCGACUAAUUAUUUAACAAAUAAUAAGAAAAAUAAAAAUUCUUCUGAUAAGAAUUUAGCAACUGGUAAUUCUACAUAUAUAAAAAAAGACAAUAAUUUCAAAAAAAAAAAUGUAUCUAUAGAAAAAUAUACAAGAAAAGAAGAAAAUAAUAUAAAAGAAAUAAAUUCAUCAAAGGAUAGUAACUUUAAAGUUCUUAAUGAUUUUAAAAUAAACUAUCAGAAUCUUACAAAUAAUGAAAAGGAAUAUUAUAAUUAUAUGAUGAAAAAAUUAAAUAUCAAAUAUGAUUCAACAAAACACAUAUUUUAUAGUGAUGGAAUGUUUGUAGAAAAUUUUUCCAAAAUAAUUCAAAGAGAAAAAGGUAAUUUCAAUUAUGCAGGUUACUUAGAGUAUGCGUGUUUUUACAUUUUAGAAUGGUUAACUCCUACAAAAGAAGAAAAGUUAUUAAAAUUAAAAUCUCUAUUGAAGUUAGAAGUAAUUGUAAAAUCUAUAUUUCCUAAAUCAAGAAUGGAAGUAUUUGGAUCAUUUGUUACAGGUCUAUCUAUUCCAGGUAGUGAUGUAGAUGUAUGUUUUAUGAAUAUAGAUGGAGAGGAUAUUAAUUGUCUUUAUAUAAUUGCAUAUGCGUUAAUAAAAUUAAAUAUUAAUAGUGACUUAAAAAUUGUUAAAGAUGCCAAAGUAAAAAUAUUAAAAUACACUGACAAAGAAAGUGGAGUUCAAAUUGAUAUAUGCAUAAACCAAAAAUCAUCAAGAGAAACAACAGAAUUUAUAUUAAAACAAAUUAAAGAAUAUAUUUAUCUAAGACCGUUAGUAUUACUUUUAAAGUUCUUUCUUAAUUCUAGAAAUUUAAAUGAAACAUAUACAGGAGGUAUAGGAUCAUUUCUUCUUUGCUGUAUGGUAUUAAAUUUUUUGCAGUUACAUCCUUCAACUUUUGAUAAUUAUACUUACAAUAAUACUCAUUUAGUAAAAUUACUAAUUGAGUUUUUUAAUUUCUAUAGUAUUGAUUAUAAUAUAAAUGAUAACUGUUCUAUUAUAAGAGGAUUAGGACACAUUAUGCCAAGAAUUUUAAGAAAAGAAUUUGAAGGUUGUGAUCGUAUUUGCUUUGAAAACCCAAUAGAUACAUCUCUUGAUAUUGGAAGAAAUGCAUAUAAAAUAAAAUAUAUAUUAUAUCUUUUUAGUUACAAUUUUUGUAAUUUAAUAUCCCUGAUGUCUAAAUUGAAAAAAAAAAAAUAUAUAUUUAUAAAAAAUAAAGAGAAUGAAAAUAUAAAUAAUAAUAAUAAUAAUAAUAAUAAUAAUAAUAAUGAUGAUAUUAAUAGUAACAGUAAUAACAAUUUUAUUGAAGGGUGUAAAAUAAAUACCUAUUCUUUAUAUCCUUUAUUUUAUGGACACUUUAUUAAUCCUGAUAAUAUUGUGUUUACUAAAAGAAUAAAGGAAAAUUUUCCUAGUGAAGACUGGAAUAUUAAUCAUUUUGAUUUUAUUUAUUCAAAACAAGAAAAAAACAAUUUAUUUGAAAUGUUUUGUGAUGAUAUUUCAUAUCUUUUAGAUCCAAACUAUAAAAUUGAUAAUAUUAAUUUGUUUUCCUACAUUGCAAAAAUUUUUUCUUUUUCUAUAAAUAUUUAUAAUAAUGUUUUUAAGUAUACAUAUUAA